AUGGCCGAUGAUAUUCGGCGUCGUUCGGCCUGUGACCGUUGCCAUUCCCAAAAGCUGCGCUGCCCCAGGCGUCCUGGCGAGGACAUUUGUGAUCGCUGCAGCAAGGCUCGAACCUCGUGCAUAUUCAGUCCCUUCAGGCAAAAGAAGCUGCCCCAAGAUACUCUAGGAAAAACCCCAUCGACAACCGCUAGCCACUUCGAGACUAUUAGGAGUGGUAAGAGGAAACGGACCACCAGCCAACUACAAGAAAUUGAUCUCACCUCCGAUAACUUUCUUGGACGAACUCUUUUCGAGAAUGGGCACACCUCAGAUGAUACAAUGCUAAUACCUUGGCUUUCUGAGGACGUUAAUAUGGGUUGCUCUCUUGGAGACUUUGAUUUAUCCCACAACUCCCAUUCCUCGCUUGAUUUCGAUCCUUCAAUGCCGGAGUUCCCUCCAUGGCUUCUCUCAAAAGAAAAUGGCAUGCUGCCACUACGGAAGGAGGCCAGCCCGACCCCCCGGGUCGAGCCAAUCGUACAACCCGACGUUGACUCAAAUGGCUAUCAUAUGAAACCACCUCAAUAUCCGCCGUCUAUCGGACACAGUAUUGGACCAGUCGUCACAACAGCUCACCCAGAAUCACCUAGUCGCCACCUGAUUCACCGCCUCUCCCAGCUGAACAGUGACCUCUACGAGAAUGCUGAAUUGAUGCCCCCUCAAUCAAUUCAUGACGCUGCUACACCAGAAUCACUAUUCAAAGACUGUUCAAAAUUCAGUCUUGAGGACUUACUUAGACUGACCCAAACUCUCAUUGAUAUAUACCCAAGUUUUAUGAACAUAUUUUUUGGGCGACCCUUCCCUCCUGCCCUACACCUCUCAAAUACCAGUAAUGUUGAUGGGUUUAACGGGAACAAUAUCUACACUUUCGAUGGGCCCGAUUCAAGAGGCGCCUCAGCCCCUGGAACUCCCCCCGAUUCCCAGAAACCUCCACCGGACCUUUCUUCCGUCCUCCUCAUUAUCUCUUGCCAUCUUCGGCUCAUAGGUAUCUGGGAACAGAUGCUCUUGCACAUGAAAGUAUGCUUUCGCCAGAAGAACGUUGCGCUUACUCCAGGGCAGAAAGUAAUAAAUAUGGUGCCACCCCGCCUACAAAUAGGAUCCUUCGCGCCUCCCCCUUCUGCAGCAACAGCAAUGUACACAAUCAUGUUUUGCCAGUUUGCUACCCAGUUGUCUGAGCAUGCAACCGAUUUAGGAGCUGAGAUUCAAGGGUACCAGAACCGCGAAUCGCAACCUGGAAGCUUUGAAGCUGGGAAUAGCGCCACUGCUCUUUCAUUUGCAGCAGUUAAAGAUGUCAAAGCUCGGUCAAACGAAUUCCGUCGAGAAUUGAUAGCUUUGAGCAAUUCGCUGACGACUUAG